UAUACAAAUCGUCACUGAACCAUCAAGCUUCCGUCAACAGAACAUCUAACCCGACUGAAUUUUCCAGAAAGAUGGCUUUCUCGUACCUGGUCUGUUUGGCUCUUUUGGUUUCUGCAAAUGCAGCCAGUUAUGGAAAGCGUCCAGCUCCAGACAUGGGUAAAAUGAUGGGACUUGUGAUGGGCAUGGGAAACGCAGGAAUGGGUAACGCAAUGAACAUGCCCAAUAAAGCAAUGGGUAUGGGCAAUGGAAAUGGUAUGGAAAUGCCCAUGAAAUCUAUGGGUAAUGGAAAUGGUAUGAACAUGCCAAUGAAAAUGGAAAUGCCCAUGAAACCUAAGGGUAAUGGAAAUGGUAUGAGCAUGCCAAUGGAAAUGCCUAUGGAACCUAUGGGUAUGGGAAAUGGUAUGAAUAUGCCAAUGAAAAUGGAAAUGCCCAUGGAGCCAGUUGGUAUGAACAACGGAAAUAAUAUGAUGUCCAUGGACAUGGCCAAUAGCAAAGGAAUGAAUAUGCCAAUGAACAAUGGAAUGAAUAUGAUGCCAAUAGAUAUGGGUUAUCCAACUAAAGGGGAAAGUAUGCCAAUGAUGCCAGCGAUGCCCAUGAAGCCUGAUAAUGCUGGUAAUGGUAUGAAUAUGAUGCCCAUGAAAAUGAAUAUGCCAGCAUCACCAAUGAAUAUGGGAAAUAAUAAUGGUAUGAAUAUGAUGGCCAUGAAAAUGAAUAUGCCAACGGCACCAAUGAAUAUGGGAAAUAAUAAUGGUAUGAAUAUGAUGCCAACAGAUAUGGGUUAUCCAACUAAAGGGGAAAAUAUGCCAAUGAUGCCAACGAUGCCCAUGAAGCCUGAUAAUGCUGGUAAUGGUAUGAAUAUGAUGCCCAUGAAAAUGAAUAUGCCAGCAGCACCAAUGAAUAUGGGAAAUAAUAAUGGUAUGAAUAUGAUGGCCAUGAAAAUGAAUAUGCCAGCGGCACCAAUGAAUAUGGGAAAUAAUAAUGGAAUGAAUAUGAUGCCAAUAGAUAUGGGUUAUCCAACUAAAGGGGAAAGUAUGCCAAUGAUGCCAGCGAUGCCCAUGAAGCCUGAUAAUGCUGGUAAUGGUAUGGAUAUGAUGCCCAUGAAAAUGAAUAUGCCAGCGGCACCUACCGAUAUGAUGAACAUGAUGUCAAUGGCAUCUAUGGAUAUGGGAAAUAAUAAGGGUAUGGAUAUGCCAAAGAACGCAAAUGCCAUGAACGAAAUGAUGGAUAUGAAGAAAGCUAUGGAUAUGAACAAAAUGAUGAAUGAUAUGAUGAAUAUGAAGAAGGCCAUGGAUAUGGGUAAUGCAGUGAAAAACAUGAUGGAUAUGGCUAAAAUGGUGGAAAUGGCAAACGCUAUGGACAUGAUGAACAAAGGCAAGGAUAUUAUGCAAAUGGAAAUGGUGAAUAAAAUGAACAUGAACGAGAAACCUAUGGAAAAUGCUAUGGACAUGAUGAAAAUGAACAACAAAGCCAUGGGCAUGAUGAUGAACAUGAACAACAUGAAGCCAGUGACACCCAUGAAGCCAAAGGACAUUAAGAAUGUUAUGGACGCGAUGAACAUGAACUCCAUGGAUAUGAUGAACACCAUGAACAUGAACAAUGCUAUGGGUAUGGGUAAUAAACCAAAGAACGCAAUGCCUGCUAACAUGAAUAUGAUGAACAUGAACGCCAUGAACAUGAACCCCAUGGAAAUGAUGAACAUGAAGCCAAAGGACAUCAAGAAUGUUAUGGACGUUAUGAACAUGAACUCCAUGGAUAUGAUGAACACCAUGAACAUGAACAAUGCUAUGGGUAUGGGUAAUAAACCAAAGAACGCAAUGCCUGCUAACAUGAAUAUGAUGAACAUGAACUCCAUGGAUAUGAUGAACACCAUGAACAUGAACAAUGCUAUGGGUAUGGGUAAUAAACCAAAGAACGCAAUGCCUGCUAACAUGAAUAUGAUGAACAUGAACGUAGAUAAAAUGAUGAACAAGAUGGAAAUGUCCAAACCUAUGCCACCUGCACCAAAAUACUGGUAAAUGAUUAUGGCGGGAUUGGACACGAUUGUGUAGAGCUAAUAGAUGAAGAGAACAUUUUCGUGUUUCGUUUCCCAUGUAGCUCGCAGGAAACGGCUUCAUGACAUGCAGGGAUUUCAAUUGUAUUAUAAAUGAAUAAAAACAUUCAUUCACUAA